AAAUUAAUUUUACUGUUAGGCCAUCUCUUUAACCUUCUCUCUCCCUCCAUUGUUAUUGCCUCGAAUCGUUGCUGUCCCCUCCGUCUCCACAUUGAUUGCCUCGAUCGCCGGCGCUGCCGACUGCCUCCACCGCGAUUGUUUCAUUCCAUCCUCUGAAAGUUUCUCUCUCCUCUCAAAUGCCUGAUUCGCCGUCUCUUUUUAUAUUCUCGAUCGGAGGUGGAUUGUUUUGACUCGCAUCGGAGGUGAGAAAACAUCAUUGCCGGAGAAUGAAUGCGCUAGAGCUUCGAGAAAGUGAUUCAAAUUCUCAGUGCCCCCUUCAAGGCAGUUAUUUCGUUUGUUCAUUUCCUUUACACAUCUAGUGGUCCACACUUCAAUCAUUUACUCCAACUUUCCUCCUGUGACGAAUCGAGACAAUCUGAAUCGGACAUACAUCACAAUGGCUCCCAUUCUGUCGGAAAACAGUGUCGAAGGUGAUGAUGAGAGGGAGGAGGAAGAGGAGGAAGAUGAGGAGGAAGAUGAGGAGGAAGAAGAAGAAAUGGCUGAUGACGAGAUGGAGCCGAGGCUCAAGUAUCAGAGAAUGGGAGGAAGUGUACCUUCGCUGCUCGCUAGUGAUGCCGCUUCAUGCCUUGCCGUUGCUGAGCGGAUGAUCGCGCUUGGGACUCAUGCCGGUACCAUUCAUAUUCUCGAUUUUCUGGGGAAUCAGGUCAAGGAAUUCCCUGCUCAUACUGCUGUAGUCAACGACCUCAGCUUUGAUACAGAAGGUGAAUAUGUAGGAAGCUGUUCGGAUGAUGGUUCUGUUGUAAUAAAUAGUCUAUUCACUGAUGAGAAAAUGAGGUUUGAGUAUCAUCGCCCUAUGAAGGCAAUUGCAUUGGACCCAGACUAUGCAAAGAAAACUUCAAGAAGAUUUGCAGCAGGUGGUCUAGCGGGCCAUUUAUAUUUGAAUUCGAAGAAAUGGCUAGGAUUUAAAGACCAGGUCUUGCAUUCUGGUGAAGGUCCAAUACAUGCUGUGAAAUGGAGAACAAGCCUUAUUGCUUGGGCAAAUGAUGCUGGCGUUAAGGUUUAUGAUGCUGCAAAUGAUCAGCGAAUUACAUUUAUUGAAAGACCGAGAGGAAGUCCACGUCCUGAACUUUUGCUCCCUCAGUUAGUCUGGCAGGAUGAUACUCUGUUGGUCAUUGGUUGGGGAACAUCAGUGAAGAUUGCAUCAAUUAGAACAAAUCAAAAUAGAGCAGCCAAUGGGACACAGAGUAGUAGGCUCGUUCCAAUGUCUAGCAUGAACCGGGUUGAUAUAGUGGCAUCUUUUCAAACCAGCUAUUUAAUCACAGGAAUGGCACCAUUUGGGGAUUUCCUGGUUGUUCUCGCGUAUAUUCCUGGGGAAGAAGGUGAAAAAGAUUUUAGUAGAACUGCUCCUUCCCGUCAGGGAAACGCCCAAAGACCGGAAGUUCGUAUUGUGACGUGGAACAAUGAUGAAUUAUCUACUGAUGCCCUACCUGUACAUGGUUUCGAGCAUUACAAGGCAAAGGACUAUUCCCUUGCACAUGCUCCUUUCGCAGGCAGCAGCUAUGCUGGUGGUCAGUGGGCUGCUGGUGAUGAACCUCUGUACUAUGUUGUAUCCCCAAAAGAUGUAGUUAUUGCGAAGCCCAGGGAUGCUGAAGAUCAUAUUGCUUGGCUUCUUGAACAUGGCUUCCAUGAAAAAGCUUUGGAAGCAGUUGAAGCAGGUCAAGGAAGAAGUGAACUCCUUGACGAGGUGGGGUCUAGAUAUCUUGAUCACUUGAUUGUGGAGAGAAAAUAUGCUGAAGCUGCAUCUUUGUGUCCCAAAUUGUUGCGAGGCUCUGUUUCUGCGUGGGAGAGAUGGGUUUUCCACUUUGCUCAUUUGCGUCAACUUCCUGUACUGGUUCCAUAUAUACCAACAGAAGACCCCAGAUUGCGUGAUACUGCCUAUGAGGUGGCUCUCGUUGCUCUUGCUUCGAAUCCAUUGUUUCAUAAGGAUCUAUUAACGACUGUUAAGUCUUGGCCACCAGUGAUUUAUUCGGCCUUGCCUGUUAUCUCCGCCAUAGAACCUCAGUUCAAUACUUCUUCUAUGACUGAUGCUCUUAAAGAAGCAUUAGCUGAGCUGUACGUCAUAGAUGGGCAGUAUGAGAAAGGUUUUUUGCUUUAUGCUGAUCUUCUGAAGCCAGAUAUAUUUGACUUUAUUGAGAAGUACAAUCUACAUGAGGCCAUUCGUGAAAAGGUUGUUCAACUCAUGAUGCUAGAUUGCAAGCGUGCAGUUCCAUUGUUUAUCCAGAACAAGGAAUUAAUUCCUCCAAACGAAGUUGUUUCACAACUUUUCAAAGCCGGUGAUAAGUGUGAUUUCAGAUAUUUCAUGCACCUUUAUCUGCACUCCUUAUUUGAAGUAAAUCCACAUGCUGGAAAGGAUUUCCAUGAUAUUCAGGUGGAGCUUUAUGCUGACUAUGACAUAAAGAUGCUGCUUCCUUUCCUUCGUAGUAGUCAACAUUAUACGCUUGAGAAGGCACAUGAAAUUUGCAUUAAAAAAAAUCUUUUGAGGGAGCAAGUCUUUAUUCUUGGUAGAAUGGGAAACGCAAAACAAGCCCUUUCUGUCAUCAUUGAUAAAUUAGGAGAUAUCGAAGAGGCAGUGGAGUUCGUUAGCAUGCAGCAUGAUGAUGAACUUUGGGAAGAAUUAAUAAAGCUAUGUCUUCACAAGGCUGAAAUGGUUGGUAUGUUACUGGAGCACACAGUUGGUAAUUUGGAUCCUCUUUAUAUUGUCAACAUGGUUCCCAAUGGUUUAGAGAUACCUCGGCUUAGGGAUCGGCUAGUUAAAAUCAUUACCGAUUACAGGACAGAAACGAGUCUUAGACAUGGAUGUAAUGAUAUUUUGAAGGCUGACACUGUGAAUCUAUUGGUUAAGUACUACAAUGAGGCCAGACAUGGAAUUUACUUGAGCAACGAAGAAGAUGAAAUACGUGGGAAAAGAAGCGAAAAUAAGGUUUUUCAAUCUAUUCAGGAAUCUGUGAGUGCUAGAAUGAUGGAGGUCAAGUCGAAAACUCGGGGAGGCGCUCGAUGCUGCAUAUGUUUUGAUCCCUUUUCUAUACAAAAUAUGUCAGUCAUUGUGUUCUUUUGCUGUCAUGCAUACCAUGAGACUUGUCUUAUAGAAUCUACUUCCAAUCUUGAUGCUAAGAAAGGGAGUGGAGAGACUCGGCAUGAUUCGACAUCGGACUUCGAUUAUGAUAAUGGAGAAUUUGAUGACGACGACUAUGAGGAUGAUACAGAUGCGGGCGGUCCUAGAAUGCGUUGUAUCUUAUGUACUACUGCUGCUUCCAAGAGUUGAAAGCACUUUGUAUGCAUAUUUGGGAUCAUCAUGCAGGUAUGUACAGGCUAUCUAUCAACGAUCCCUUGCUUGUAUUGUCAUUUAUAUUUCUUUAUCGAUGUUCCUAUAAUAAUUAAAGGUAAGAAGAUUUUGUUUUGAUGGUUGUAGUGAAUUUUUUUUUUUUUUUUUUUU